AUGAGCCAAAAAGCAUCAAAAACAGAUUGCAGAGAAAAAACUAGAUGUGGACAUGAUAGCUGUGCCAAUUUAGAAUUGAUAGAUGAAGAAGAAUGCAAGAUAUUGCAAAGAUUUAAAGAAACCAGAAGCCUUCCAAAGUUUAUUUUGAAUUUAGUGGAGGAGCAUGCUAGGGCUGAGCAUGUUGAAAACGAAUCCGACAAAGAAGCUUGUAAGAUUAUUUUGGUUUAUUUAAAGCAUUGCGAUCUUGAUGAUUGUGUUGUGUUAAGACUAAUUUCACUUAUCACCUCUAGAUUUGCAGAUUCAAGAUCUGAGUUUAGAGAUCGGGCAUCUUUUAUAGCUACUGCACUGUUUGGCAAAGACGAGUUUGAUGCAAGCAGUCGUGCCACCUUUAACGAAUUUAAAAGAUUUAUCAAGCCAGGCAUUGUCAAGGAGUUGCCAAAACAGCAGUCUAAAUAUGGUGGAUACUGUGAAGUUCCAAACAACAACACAACAAUUUCACAAAACGACUAUGCACAUGCCAACACGAACAUAUUUGACAACCGUUUCAAUCCAAUGCGUCUGCAAAAAGCUGUGAAGAUCUUACGAGAAGGUAGUGAUCUGAAGGCCCUAAUGUCUGUUCAUUCGUCUUUUGGUUCCAUUUUAGAGAGGGCUUCGCAAAGAAUAUUCCAAAUGCACUCACAGGCCAUUUUUGAUCAGCUGAUGGACUUAUCCCACAAAGAGCUCUAUGAUUUGCAGUUUAAAAGUUUGGGUAUGCUGUUGAACAGAGAUACAGCUCUAAUUGACGAUGCAAUAGAGCGUUUAAAAUCCACCGGCUCCGAUGUUCUCAGAACAUACAUUUUGUAUUCGUUUAACUACCUCUACGAAAUCGCCAGUCUUGAUACAAAAAUCCAUUUGCAUCUCAAAACUUCAGAGGUCAUAUUGAACUCGGAUUUGAAACUAGAUCAAAUAUCAAAGCCUGUAAUGAUAGCUUUUGUAGAAAAGGGAAUACGCCUAUUAGAUGGGGUAAUGUUAGACAAAUAG